UCUCUUUCGCUUUCGUCUUUCUUUUCGCCUACGUGUAGCUCCGUUCCGUCCGAAGCAGAGCCAUCAGCCGAAGGUGCGGUGAGAGCAGCGGCCAAGGGAAGAAAAAAAGCUCGGAAGAAAAUUUCGCCGCCAUCUUGACGUGUGUGAAGUUCGUCGUCGUUCCGUGCGUUCUUGACUGAAAAAACUCCGGAUCUUUUGUCGGUCGGCCGUUUUGGGUUCGGUUCGGUUCCGUCGCGCGGAGUGUCCUGUGUUGUGCUGUUCCAGCCUAGAGUGUGGUGGCGCUGCUGUAGAGAGUGUGACCUGGACCAAAACUGUUUUUCCCCCAGCAAAGGAUUGCGGCAGAGAAGCACUACUCUGUCCGGGUCCCGGUUUUGUUCGGCGUAUCCGUUCGUUGUUCUCCCUGGAUUGGUUCGGUGUGGACCCUGGUGAAUGAAUCAGCCGAAGACGUCCUGCAGAAAAGUACGAUUUCUUCGCAGGAAAAAGAAAAGCUGUGUCUAACAUUCUAAUUGUAGUGUAAAACCAACCAAAACUAGAAGAGCAUCAUAAACGUAGCGCCCACACACGCACUCUUACUUAAUUAGAAGAAAAAAAAGCAGACUCAACACAAAAAGGCAAACAACCCCCCAAUUCCGUUCUCCUUAGGUUAGGAUUUUUUUAUUAGCUUCUGGAUAAGUUGUUAAGGAGAAGCACCUUCCAAAACCCUAACGCCGACAAGAAACUAGUGAAAAGAUAAGGUAAAACCAGAAGCAGUCAGCAUGGGGAACGUGUUCGCAAAUUUGUUCAAGGGACUGUUCGGCAAGAAGGAGAUGAGAAUACUGAUGGUCGGAUUGGACGCCGCCGGUAAAACCACAAUCCUGUAUAAACUAAAAUUAGGAGAAAUUGUUACAACGAUUCCUACCAUUGGUUUCAACGUGGAGACUGUAGAAUACAAAAACAUUAGUUUUACCGUAUGGGACGUAGGCGGUCAAGACAAGAUCCGACCACUGUGGAGGCAUUACUUCCAGAACACACAAGGACUUAUCUUCGUCGUGGACAGUAACGAUCGGGAACGUAUCGGCGAAGCCCGCGAAGAACUGAUGCGAAUGCUGGCGGAAGAUGAACUCAGAGAUGCCGUUCUACUUAUAUUCGCCAACAAACAGGAUCUACCGAACGCGAUGAACGCCGCAGAAAUCACCGACAAGCUGGGUCUGCAUUCGCUGAGAAACCGCAACUGGUACAUUCAGGCGACCUGUGCAACAAGCGGCGACGGUUUAUACGAGGGUCUCGACUGGCUAUCCAACCAGCUGAAGAACGCUAACCGUUAAGUUGUGUAUGUUGUGUGCGCAGGGUGGCAGGCAGGUGGGCGACAGAAGAAACUAGAUGUAAAAGUAAGGGGAAAGCAGCCUCAGCGCAGGCGAAGAAUAAGCAGCAUGAUGUGUUGAUGAUGACGGGGACAAGAGGGAACGGAAACAGACGGACGAGCAAUUGCGAGCGAGCGAGAUCGGGACAAGACAAUUAGAGAGAGAGCAGAAGAUCGAUAAGGGAAAAGACGAAAGAACAGAAGAGCUCCGUUGAUAAUUGAGAUAGGAAAACCGAAACCAACAAAUAAAAGUAGCAAAAAUAAGGAAAACCGAAAACCAACUCCCUCUUUAAAACAAAGAAACAAACAAAACACAGUAAUAAGCAGAAUAAGCCAGCCAGGUAACGUGUGUGUGGAUGAUUAUAUUGGGAAAAUAUGAAGAAAAUAAUAUAAAGUAAUAUAAUGAUAAAAAUAAAGUAAAAACACACUGAAAACAAACAGAAGCUGAAACGUAUUAAAUAAUUUAGCAUGAGAGGAUAAAACACAAUACGCUAAGCUGUGCAAGAAUUAUGGAAUACAAGUGAGCUGAAAUAAAAUGGGCGUUAUCGGAAUACUGAAAACAAAACAAACAUGUGCUUAUUAUUGAGUGUGCUACCGAAGAAAUCACAACCUGUUGCGUGACGCGCGUGUAUAUUUGCGGGGCGAGGUGAAAGUGAACGCAUUCUGUGUAGGUACAUGCACCGGCCGGUCGCGAUUAUUCCUCCCAUAUUAUUCCAUGUUUUGCGUCUCCUGUCUCCUCGGUCGCUACUGCUUUUGCCUGCUGACACGACACACUGGGAAAAACUCCGACUUCGGUGUUGUGGUUUAAAGGAAAUUUCGGUAAAAUUUACCAGAUGUUAGGUAGCGCUUUCCGAAGCUCGGUAUGACCUGCCAGAACCCCAACUCCGAGAUUGUGGAUUUUACUAGUGUGUACUACUGCUACCUUCAAGGAUUAUUGUGUAGGGGCUGCCUUAAUCAACUAUUGUUUAGCGAGAAAUUUAUUUCACUGUGCAAAGGAUACGUUUUUUUUUUGUUUCACCUAUUGAUGAUUCAGGAUUAUAAUGAGGAAAUGAAGUAUGCUAGUUUUUUUUAUUUAUUAUCGCUCCUUCUUAUUUUAGUACUCGAUAUGGCUAAGAUACAGUUAUUAAGAGGAAAUUAAACAUUCGCAUAUGGAUAAGGAUCUUAGAGAAAGUUGUAUGAGUUUGUUCCAAAUUGUUUGCGAGCGAAACCAUGCUGCUGUGGGUGCGUCUGGAUGGCUUUCCGGUCUAGGAUGGAUUAGACUUUUUGGGUUCACACACACACACUUAACAUAACAAUUUACACACCACACGCAAGUGCAACCAACCAAGAGAACAGGAAAAAGGCUAACCAUUAAAAACGAUAUAUCACUGUCUCAUCAGAUUGUGUUUUGCGAAGGCCGAACGAGGAAUUUAGACUGCAAUAACACAGCUGCUGGAUUGACACAGAAAAAAACUGCUAAAAACAGAAACCAAUAAAAGACGCUACCAGAUUGAGAAACGCUGAAAAAAAGUUUAAUGAAGGAUUAACCGUAACGGCUGAAUAAAAAAAAAGAACAGAAGAGCAAACGAAGGAGACUAAAAGAUAUCCCGGAAGUGACACAUCCGAACACAUUCAUUCAGAUCAGUUUAAGAAGAAAAAACAAAAAGAACAGCUACAAGUGUAACAGUUACGUUUAAUUAAGAUGAAUAAAAACACUAUAUAUAGACGAA